UGCUUGCGUUGCGGAGGAAGUCCGAUGACCAAAGUACAGUCCGCCUCUGACUCACAGGUGAGCAGGUGAACAGACGGGCCACUCAGAAACACUCAACGCUGUCCCCCGAGGGACACGAGAAGACAUUUGGACCCUUGCUGCGAUCCAAGUAAACUGUAGCCAUCAUGAAAGCUGUUUUUAUUGUCAUUGUGGUGUUCGGAGCGCAUCUGACGAUCACAGGCACGAGUACCACGGACAUUGCGACUUCUACUGAGGCAGGGGGUGCAAUAUCACCAUACACCACAACUGCAACAUCUUCAAAGGCCCAUACCACGUCGUUACCACCUACCGGAGAUGGAAACGACACAACAGCAGACGGCAAUAACACCUCUACUACUGCCAGUGCAGGACCUACAAGCGCGUCUAGCACUUCUCUUACUACUUCAACAGUUUCACGCACUACAGCCACUUCUCAACCCGUUACAGCUACUGCUACACCACAUGACGCUACAGCAACCACCAACACACUACCUGUCGUUACAGCAACCAAUACUUCAGAUACAGGCAUUCCACACCCUGCCACAGCACCAAGCACACCCACUGGCAGUACUGCAGCCUCCAGCACACAGCUCCAAACUACACCUAACACUAAUGAAUCUUCUCCGAUGUCUACAACCGUUCCUCCAUCCAACACUCCUGACAAUGACACUACCAGUGUUCCCUCUACUCUCUCACACACCACACUAUCCCUAACAACCAUAGCCACAACACCCAUUAACGGCGCGACUACUUCAGAAGCCAACGAAACUACUGAAACUUCACUAACGACAGAAGCUCUACAAACCACCACGGAAACACCAACGACUCCAGAGGGAAGCACCGCUGUGGUUGAAACGACCGCUUUUACGUCUGCCGCUACAACCAGUAAAACUAUCACUCCAAAUGUCACCGACGCUUCCCCGACAACAGUAACUGCCGCAGUCACCACACCUGUUCUUGCUAACACCACGCCUGAAUCUACAACCCCCUCCGCCACGCCUCAACCCACAGUCCAGACUACAGGCUCUUCGACAACAUCACCAGUCUCGACUUCGGCAGAGACAAACGACACUUCACAAAGCACGACAGGGCAGCCCCCUGUUACCACGGCAACGGCAGAAACCAACAGUUCCACCUCCCCAACUACGCCUGAAUCUGUGGAAGGCAGCACUACCGCUUCCGAAACUACGGUGAACAUCACUACCACCGUCGCUUCUGCAACCACGGUUGCCGAAAUAACCACUCCCUCUUCUGAAACUACGGUGGGCGAAAUAACCACUCCCGCUUCUGAAAUUACGGUGGGCGAAACAACCCAUGCCACUUCUGAAACUACGGUGGCCGAAACAACCACUCCCGCUUCUGAAACUACGGUGGGCGAAACAACCCAUGCCGCUUCUGAAACUACACAGGACAAGACUAGCACUGCUGCUUCUGAAACAACACAGGGCAAAAGUAGCACUAUUGCUUCUGAAACUACACAGGGAAAAACUACACCCACUAUUACUGAGCAAUCCGGAACCCCAAGUACAGAGCCUCCAGCGCCAACGACAAGAAGCACUACAACGGUCUUCUCUACCACCAGCAAGGACAGCACAGCAACAAAACCUGAUGUAGGGCCCACUAACACAGCUGCAGAGAGUACACCAGUGAUGCAAGAAACAACUCAGCAACAAGACCAGAAUGGACAGACUUCUGGGAUGAACCACGGGACAGUUGUGGCCCUAGCGGUCACCAUCCCCAUUGCAAUUGGUGUACUCAUCAUCUCAGUUGUCUACAUCCGCAAAAGAACCAUGGGACGGUCGCACAGAGGGUACAUCACAGCGGACGAUUACGGCUGGACGUCCUUCAACAACCCUGUCUAUGACCGGUAUUCCAUGUUGAAGGGUGGUCGAGACGACCCGUACUGAACCACCUGAUGUCAGAGAACACCUAUGGACAGAUCAUAUUUAGCUAUAGGGACAGUAUUGUACGUAUGUGUAGCGCCCAACUCCACAGAAAUACUUAAACAGCUGCUUAUAUGGAGUAUUCGUUACCUUGGGGGAUUUUUAUUCAUUAACAUGAAAAAGUACAAGACAUAGUGGUGAUUAACUCCAGCAAGCUGCUAAUAUUAACACUAGGAAAUGAAAUAUCAAAGCUGACAAUCACAAAUACAAAUACAAAACAGCAUAUUGGGUUGGGCAGUCCGGCAAGGAAGAAUAAUAUAAAAAAAAGAACUGUUUUAUGGGGUCUUAACCUUUGAACUCAAAUAUGCGUAGUUCGUGUGUCUGAAUGCCAUAAAAUUUCCAUUACGCAAGAUACAUUUUGUAAUCUAGAGACAAAUGAUUUAUUUUCUUUAUAAAACAAAUAAAAUUAUUUUGCUUCCAAUGGAUUUGUAAAUAUCAUCAUCAGGAAGUACCAAGUGAUGAAAGGGCAAUCAUGUGAUUUAGUAUCCAGAACCAAGCUAAAUAUACUGUACAUUUUAUGUUAUGUCGCUGACAGCACACAAUCACCACAAAAUUAUCCCACCUCGAUACUGUGGUAUCUUAUCUAUGUUGAUUUAGUUCAUUGUUGUGUAUUUACAGGUUUGGAGUCUGGUAAUCGUUUCAUAUCAAUGUGCAAUAAACCAAAUUGAGACGUUGCUUCCCAGCAA